CCCCACAUCCCACAUAUUCCGAGCCGGAGUUUCCAGCCGGUGCCAGCCAUUCCUUCCACUCAUCCAAACGGCGGCGCAGCAGCCAGCCUGAACCGCGGCCCUUUCAUGCUGCCGCUUUGACCUCGCAUCAUUCCCGUCUCUUCGUGUUUUUGUUUCUUCUCUCUCUUUCUUUCUCUGUGUGUGUGUGUGUGUGUGUCGCGGACCCCCCGCUGACUCGAGAGGGCAGCACAAGCCUUUCUUUCUCCUCCGCGCUUCGUAACCUUGCGAGGGGAUCGCUCUCUGUGCUGGACCUCGGCUGAACGGUGGCGAGGGGACCUCUCUCACUGCUUUGUACCAAGAAUUAUCAAGUCCCCCCACCACGACCUCCCCGACACCCGCAGCUGCAAUUAAGAGAUCUUCCCUCUGGUUAUUUUUCUUUCAACCAUGUCAAAAAUUUGCUGAGACGGAAUAUGUUCGGAUUAAAAUCUUCAACCUACUUCUUCACAGGAAUGAGCCAUGAGCCAAAGUCAUCUGCCCUCAGUAUGAUCUCAGCAACACAGAGGACCACAGCUACUGUCAAUCCCUUAAUUCCAUCCUCACUGAAUGGACCAGUUGUAACACAUGGGAGUCCAAACACCCGAGGAGGUCAUACAGCCGGCUUUGCUGCAGCCCUUCGAAAACUGGCCAAGCAAGCAGAAGAACCAAGAGCUACAGUCAACAGUUCUUCACAUUGUAGUGAGCAUUCUCCCACGUCGUCGCCAGUUGCUAAGCACUGUUCUCCUGCUAACACACCCAAAAGGGCUGCAGGAACAAUAAUAGUUCCACCCGGAACCCACAGAGUGGCAAAUACCCCGCCCGUGGUGACUAUUGCUCCCACGCAAUCCAUCAAUGGGCUUUGGAGAGGUGAUGGUAGACAGCCCUCAGACAGCACCCUGAGAUCCAGAAGCUGUGAUCACCCACUUUCUACAGAGUCAUUAUUAAAAAAAGAUAAGCCACCAUUGGCAACACAUGCUGCUCCCUCACAUCCAGCUUUCUAUCUAUCCAGUCACCCCAUCCAAGAGUCACCUUAUUCAACCAUCAAUUUGCAGAGACCUCUUCCACACCUGGUAACAUCCAGCAGCAGAUCAGAUGAUUUCCUCGCAAGCUUCCGUCCAUAUCAUGGGCGAGAUGCAAUCCGGACAUUGUCUUCUCUGCCUUCGAUAGGAUUGAAUUCGCCAACAGCAGCUACAGCUGCGGCUUUCUACCAUCCUGCCAUCCUUUCGCAUCCACCUUAUCAACAUCCACCGUACAGAAUUGAUGACCCAUAUUUCCUGUCGCUUCGUGCACCAUUUUUCCACAUCCCACAGCCUGGUACCAUUCCAUCCAUCCAAGCUUCCAACAUGCAACUCUCUCUCACUGGUAUGCGACCACCAUCAGAUGUAGCCCAUUCAUCACUCUCUGGCACACACACAGAUCAUUUGUCGCUUCAUGCAGCAAGAAGAUUACUAAUGGAUGAUGAAAUGAGAGAGCGAGAAAAGGAGCAGGAACAUGAGAAAAGGGAAUGGAAACGAGGGUUUACACAAGAAAGGGAACUUGAAGUGUUGACAGAAAGGGCCAGGAAAAGAGAAAAACAGCGAGACGCAGAAUGGGAGAAAGAAACUAAACGAAGGAAAGAAAUGAUGAAGCAGGAGAAACAUCUCAAGAUUGAACAUGGGGCAGAACAGAAUGCAAUUCUCAUCAAUGAUGCGGCAAAAAGACAUAAGGAGGAAUGGAAGGAUUUCAUAUCUGCCAUGGAACAUAGAGAGCCAUCUCCGGGGAAAGGAAAAGUUCGAACAGUGCCCCUGGAACCUAUAACGUUACCUGGUCACUGUUCCCUAUUUAAUGUUCCCUCAAAUGCUCCCUCAUGCUCUUCAGCCUCGGAGGAGAAGUAUGGGCGGCAUCACAACCAUCAGCAGCAGAGGAUGGAUGAACACUCUGGACAUGGUGUGGACUUUCAUCAGCAUCACCAUCGUAGAGAACAAGGGGACCUGUUUUCAGAACAAGAACAGGACAGGAGUAGAGUUUUCCUGGCAGAUGAAAAUCAGCACCAGCCACUACACAUAGGAGCUCCCCCACCUCUCAUCUCACCACAAUACCCUUUGAAGGAGACCUCCCCUUUGCUAAGGCCCUUCAUUUCUGCCCAUGCACUUCAACCAGCUCAAGCACUUAACUACAGCACUAAUUGCUCUAAACUCAACCAUGAUGCACCAAAAGAGCCAGAGAAACUUCUCAAUAGUAAUGUGAGGCUUGAUGCUUCAAAAAAGACCACUGGAGAGCACUUUAACGCAGAACUUCUUAAAUCUUGCACUGACAAAGAUAUGAAUGAAAGCAAGAAGUCUGGAAUACCAAGUUUAAGAACAGGUAUGCCACCACACCUGAGGAACCAGAGCUCCAGUCAUCAAUCCAUCAAAGAUUUGCAAUGCCAAAUUCCCAGUAGACAUCUCGAAGAGUUGCAGAAAGAAUGCUUGGACCUGUCCUUCACCUCUGGAGCAACUGAUUUGAGUCUGAAAAACAACAAGAGUUCUCCAGUGCCCAAAAUGUUUAUUCUUUAUAGCAAUGAUGCCACUACCAGCAGUGUGUACAAUGAGGAGCUUCCACUUCAGCUGCCUGUUGUCAGCAAGUUAGAUAUGGCAGAAAAUAAACAAAAAGAGGCCAGGAUGAAUGAAGAGCUGUCUGGCUGUAGCUCUUCAGAUGAAGCAUUCUGCAACGGUGAAAUCAGAAACCGGAUUCGCAGACUGGCUGAUCGGCCUCCUCUCAAGCUAGAUGAUGCUCCUAGGAAAAUGUUGCUCCUUGGGGCCAUGGGUCUCACCACCCAGAGCAAAAAAGAUGAAGUCAUAGAGCAGAGGAUGAGGAGGCGGCGGCAGCUGCUGAGAGAACGCUCCCCUUCCCCACUUGGUUUAGAGCAGAAACCUCUUCCUCCUCAACUACCUUACCUCAAACUUUCUCCACGUGAACUGAACAAGACAUCUGAUUUUGAGGAAAAGAAACAAUUUCUUGCACUCUUCAACUUAAAGCACUUGAACCCUGCACAGAAGAAAGAUAUUGAAGAGGCAUUGUUGAAGAUAUGUAAAAGUAAGAACAAUUCUGAAACACAUUCUGAAUCACCAGAGUCAUCUUAUUCUAACAGGGUCCUGACACCACGUCCAGAUUCCACCGGCCAGCCAGGUGUAUCUGACGUCAGCCUUCCCCCACCUGACAGCGAUCCAACUGCUUGUUCUCGGAGGGAGCUGACUGUCCUGCCCCGGGCAGAGCUAUGCAGGCCGCUGCUCACAGCAGAAGCAUCAGGGAUUGUGUCAACGGAUUACACCAGCAGUGUCAAUGGGAACAAAUCUAACAAGCUGGGAACUGUAGAUUCUGGCAGAUCUUCAAGUGAUGAGGCCAAACCAUCUGGGAUGGCAACUGGCAGGAAUGGAAAAUUCAAGCUUCUGGAUAAGAUUUGGCAUGAGUUCCAGGAGACGAUAUGGCAGAGCACGAAACACCAGCCUACAGAUCCCCACAAAGAAGUUGUACAGCUGAGUGACAGAAAUGGUAGUUCACUGGCUCAGAGUUCAUCACUGUUUGACAAACCGAAACAGCAAGCAUUUCAGAUGUUGCAUCAGAGCAGACAAGUUAGCCCUCAGCCCGAUGAGCUGGACAGUGAGGAAGAAAUAGAGCAGCAGCCAAAAUGGCACGGUGUGACUGAUGUUCUUGAAGCCUACCACGAAUACCUUGAAGAGAAAAAUUUGGAACAGCGAAUUCUUCAGGUGCAGCUGAAUCGUCUCAAGGAAAGAAAUCAUGAAUUGAGUUUGACAGCAGAGCACCUCAGUGUCCACAUGUUGGAGUUGCAAUCAAGUAAAGAGAGAUGUGAACUGGAACGGCAGCAUCAACAAGCUGCCCUCUCUCACUUGCGCAAGUGCCUUGAUCUGACACAUUGCCUGCCCACAUCAUCAUACAGGUGAACUGAGGAGUUUGACACAUUUGAGCAAAGGUGACACCUUGGUGGGGAACUGUGUGCUCUGGGUUUAUGGUGCUCAUUUCAAGGAGAUCGAUUAUCCUCUGCUUAUGCCACCUUGAUUUGCUUCAAGAAUCAUCAGGAUACAGCAUGGAACUUUUCAAGUUGUGUUCAAAAGGAACCUCUUCAGAAAACUCCCUUUGCCAAACAGCUCAGCUCGCAUGUUUCAGCCAAGCUCAACCCAAAGCUACUGCAGUUUUAGUACUGAUCCACUGAGGAUUUAAAAUGAAAAGCUAGAUAUAAACAUCAUGAGCCUCCACAGGUUAUAUUAAAUGCAGUGACGGCCACACAAAAUAAAUGAAAAAUAGUUUUGUGCCUUUAUGCAUUAAAUGAAAAUAAUAUUUUUUUGUUUUACUUAAAUGUGUAGUCUAGCUGCCGAAACUAUGUUUUUGUAAGUUUGAACCAGAAGGGUAAUUUGUCCAAACCCGGCUGUGUAAAAUAAAUUGAACAGCCACACUUUUGAAAUGAUUGUUAACUAUUAAUUUUCUUUUGCAACCUCGGGAGGUUUUAAGGAUACAUGUAAGCAUUUAAAUGUUCUAAUUCCUCCCUUUGCUUCAUUGACAAAAGUAUUAACCUAUUUCAGGUUAUUGCCUUUGUUCAGAUAAUAUGGUGAUGAAUUUGAGAUGAAUAUUUUCAGUACUCUUAUCAACUAUUUUCUUUAACGUAACGUUCUUUCAGUGCCACACAUUGUCUAACGUACAGAGCGUUGUACUUUUGAUGUUUAUAUUUAUAUAUAUUCGCAGUGAAUCCUCUCUUGUUUUUUUAUUUUUAUAGCAAUCAGCUAUUGUAAAGUUAAAUGUAUAUUUUGAUGUUUUGCUUUUAAUCCCGUUGUUGGUAAUGAAAAGGUACAGAUUUACAAUAAAUAAAUAGAUUCCUGCAGAGCUAGGUUCAGAAUUUUGUAAAUUAAUAGACUUUUUAUUUUGUGGCAUAAAUGAUGUAAAUGUCAUGGGAAAAUUACCGUUUACUACAGCACCACUUUUAAUAUUAGAAAUUACUUGAAGUACUUUCUAUUUUUUUGUACUGAUUAAUUAAAGCAGAAAGCUUGCAGUAACAAAAUGAUAGAUAAAACUGGCCUCGCUGAGGUAGAAUAGGGAUCAUCAAAUGCCUUUAUUUCCAAGUACCAAGUUAUUUUAAACAUGAUAUACCAUAUGAAUUAUUUCCAUUUCCAAUAAAGAUGAACAUUUAAGUGAAUCUAGUUGGAUAAAAAUUGCCUAAAACAAUUUAAAAUUGCAUAAUGUAUAAUUGUAUAUAUACAAUUACAAAUUGUUAUAUACAAUCUGAUGCACUUUUAGUGCAAUGAAGUUUUCUUUUCUAAAUAUGAGCCUUGUACUACUAAAACGUUGUUUCUAUUAAGCAUUUUGAAGCAGUUACUAAGAAGAUAGUUUUAGAUAGCUUUAGGCUAUCUUAAGGAGUAGUUCCAUUAAAUUAUGAGUAGAAAACAUUGAAAUUGUGACUUAGGUCCUCUGAAGUAAGUUGGAUUUCUUUCAUUCAUUCUUUUUAAACAAUGGCCUAGUGAACAAAUCGACUGUUACAUGUUUAGAUAUGAUUGGCCUUGUUGUUUGUUAACACAAGCAACAGUUUUCACAAUGUAUCAGGUAUUUAUUAUUUUGUCAUAAUUUUUCAGUAUUUACGUAUUCAUUUUGUCUGCUGUGACUAAAAUAAGCAUUUGUUAAUAAAGUUUUGUAUACAUCAAGCUUU